CUGGCGUCACUCUUCCGGCCCCACACGAGCAGGGCACCGGGCACAGGCUCCUCCGUCACCCACAGUAAGUGGCAAACCUUCGCUCAGCAGCCAUCAGCAGCACCCAGCAAUAACAGCAUCAUCCAGGGGGCUCUGUGUCCUGUAGUAGCCUGCUGCACACUGCCAGCCCUGACACCCCUCUCCUGGAGACUGACCCCAUCCAGGGGCUCUGGCUGACACCCCUCUCCUGGAGACUGACCCCAUCCAGGGGCUCUGGCUGACACCCCUCUCCUGGAGACUGACCCCAUCCAGGGGCUCUGGCUGACACCCCUCUCCUGGAGACUGACCCCAUCCAGGGGCUCUGGCUGACACCCCUCUCCUGGAGACUGACCCCAUCCAGGGGCUCUGGCUGACACCCCUCUCCUGGAGUGUUACAUUGCACCAUGCAGCAGCAGCACAAGUGCAGGUCCCUCUGUCUGUCCCUCUCCCUCCUCCUGCAGUCCUUCCUGUGUACUGAUCCUCCCCUCCCCAUAUCUGAAUCAGAUCCUCUCUGUCUCAGUCCCUGUGCUGUCUGAUAGCUGCAUGCAUUCAUUGCUUGCAUGAGAUCAGGUCUGCAUGGGGGUGUGUAAGUCAGAGACACACAGAGAGCUGGGAUCAGGAGAACAAGGAGGACAGCCCCAAACAGGACUUGUCUCAGCAUAACUAAUAACCAGCAGUGCUGUCUGUGUGCCUGGUGCCAGUCACUGUGUAGCUGGCAGGAUAGAGAGAGACUGGAUCUGGCACAUAGGGAUUUUUUCUUUCUUUUUUAUUUUUCUGGGUUGUUGCUUCUUGCUGCCUCCUGAAGGGACUUCUUACAGUGAAUGGUGUCAGUCUGUCUCUGUUCCUCACUGCAUUGCUUCUUGUCCAAGGUGUGAGGAGCUGCUGCCUCUGAUCCCAGGACAGGCUGGAAGCAGGAAGAUUGUGGGAACCUCUCUCCUCUCUGAUCACCACCUUCCAGAGGACAAUAAGGAAGCAGCCAGCAGCCCUGCGGACUGGGGAGACAGCACACAACAACAAAAAAAAGGAAAAUUAAAAACUUAAAAAUAAAAAAAAACAGUGAACACAAAUUUAUAAACCUGGAGUCUUUACUUAUGAUCCAUGGGCAGAGCUUCAGCCCAUCGCAGGCAAGCUACAGACAGACUUUAAGCAAUCCUUAUUAUUGCGAUCUGCCAGGGAGAGCCCUGUCCCCAAACCAGAACAGUAUGGACAUGAGAAGCGAAAGUCCCAGCCUAAGGGACAGUCCGGACCGGAGGAGCAACAGUCCAGAUGCUAAAAGUCCUCCUCCAAUCAAAGUGGCCAGAUUGGAGCAGAACGGUAGUCCACUAGGAGCCAGGGGACGCCCGAAUGGCUCACUCAGCAAAUCCGUGGGAGGGCUGAUGCUUCCUGUUUUCUGCGUGGUAGAACAGAUGGACACCCGGGAAGAGCACGCCGAAUUUGUUCUGGUUCGGAGAGAUGUCCUAUUCAAUCAGUUAGUAGAGACGGCUCUUCUGGCCUUGGGUUAUUCUCACUCAUCGGCGGCUCAAGCACACGGAAUCAUUAAAAUCGGUCGCUGGAACCCUCUGCCCCUCAGUUACGUCACAGACGCCCCCGAUGUGACGGUGUCGGACAUGUUGCAGGAUGUCUACCACGUGGUGACACUGAAGAUUCAGCUACAGAGCAAUGUUUUUCUCCGUAGUUGUUCAAAGCUGGAGGACCUGCCGGCCGAGCAGUGGAACCACGCCACCGUGCGCAAUGCCUUACGUAUGCUGCUGAAGGAGAUGAAUCAGAGCACACUGGCCAAGGAAUGCCCCCUCUCCCAGAGUAUGAUAUCCUCCAUUGUAAACAGCACCUACUAUGCCAACGUGUCAGCUACCAAAUGCCACGAGUUUGGGCGAUGGUAUAAGAAGUUCAAGAAGAUGAAAGUUGAACGGGACAAUUUAACGGAUUACUGCGUACUGGGCCAACGACCAACACAUUUGUCAAACAUGAACCAGCUGGCCAGUUUAGGGAAGAGCAAUGAGCAGUCUCCUCACAGUCCGCUCCACCACAGCACGCCAAUUAGGAGUCAAGUUCCAACCAUGCAACCGAUAAUGAACCCUGGACUCUUGUCUCCUCAGCUCAGUCCUUCGUUAGUACGGCAGCAGAUAGCCAUGGCACAUUUAAUCAACCAGCAAAUAGCUGUCAGCAGACUUUUAGCUCACCAACACCCUCAGGCCAUCAAUCAGCAAUUCCUAAAUCACCCACCCAUCCCUAGACCUGUGAAGCCAGUGGAGACCUCCAACUCUUCUGUGGAAGUCUCUCCGGAGAUCUACCAACAAGUGCGGGACGAGCUGAAAAGGGCAAGCGUGUCUCAAGCGGUGUUUGCAAGAGUCGCCUUCAAUCGCACACAGGGUUUGCUGUCAGAAAUCCUGCGCAAGGAAGAGGACCCCAGGACAGCGUCUCAGUCAUUGCUGGUAAACUUGAGGGCCAUGCAGAACUUCUUAAACUUGCCCGAGGCAGAAAGGGACCGGAUCUAUCAGGACGAGAGAGAGAGGAGCAUGAACCCUAAUGUAAGCCUGCUGUCCUCUUCAUCCUGCAGCCCAAGCUCAUCCCGCGUCCCACAGUUGAAAACCUCCAGCACUCCGACAUCCGACAUCCAGGUGAAAGUGGAGGGAGAUUCUAACAACAUUUCCAUCACAGCUGCUGUUUAUGACGAGAUUCAGCAGGAGAUGAAACGCGCCAAGGUGUCUCAGGCUCUCUUCGCCAAAGUAGCUGCCAAUAAAAGUCAGGGCUGGCUCUGUGAGCUCCUCCGCUGGAAGGAAAAUCCCAGCCCAGAAAACCGUACCCUGUGGGAGAACCUGUGCACAAUCCGCCGUUUCCUGGGACUCCCGCAACACGAGAGAGACGCCGUCUAUGAGGAAGAGUCCAGGCAUCAUCAUAGUGAAAGGCUACAGCACGUAGUACAGCUCAACCCUGAACCUGUGCAGGUACUUCUGGGGCAGCAAGCCCAGCCAGCCAAAGAAACCUCCCCCCCAAAAGAAGAGACGCCACCUGUCCCGCCUCCGUCAGAAGACACCUGCACCAAAAAGCCAAGAUCCCGCACCAAAAUCUCGCUAGAAGCGCUUGGCAUCCUACAAAGCUUUAUCCAUGAUGUGGGCCUCUACCCAGACCAAGAAGCCAUCCACACCUUGUCUGCCCAGCUGGACCUGCCCAAGCACACCAUCAUCAAGUUUUUCCAGAACCAGCGCUACCACGUCAAGCACCACGGCAUACUGAAAGAGCACCUGGGUAUAGCGGUGGACGUGGCGGAAUAUAAAGACGAGGAGCUGCUGACGGAAUCAGAGGAGAACGACAGCGAGGAAAGUAUGGAGGAGAUGUAUUCCGUGGAGCACAAUGAGGAAAGCAGCGGGAAUACCAAGGCCAAUCUGUCCGAGGUGGACCAGAGAUAAUACAACAUGCCACCUGCCACAUAAACAUAAUAGCAAUACAGACGCGCAAGACAGAAUCACUUUGAUUACUUGUAAUGUUCAAUCUCUGCAAGGUGGAGAGAGCGGAACAAUGAGUUUUUGGUAUUGCUAUCUUGGAAAAUUGCCUUGACACUUGAGUGUACAAAUGACGUCCGACUGGAAGAAAACUAGUGUGAAACUUUAUCCAGAAUCAUCUUGCACUUACAGUGAUGAUUAACGCAAAUUACAGGACCUCAAGAUUGGUGAAAUCAAUGAAGGAAAAGUAUUUAUAUAUCUAUAUAUACACACAUAUUAUUUAUAUAUAUAUAUAUAUAUAUGUAUAUAUAUGUGUGUAUAUAUAUAUAUAUAUGCACUGAUAUAUGUGUAUAUAUUUAUAUAGACAUACAGAUGGUGCAUGGGAAGCAGAUAUUUCAUUCUCGAUGUACAGACUGUGAAUUGCACACCUUUACACAAAAGACUGGACUAUGUAUUAAGACCACUGCGCAGUGAGAUGCUUCGGGUCCCCCGUCCCACCCCCAUCCACAGACUGCCUGCUCUCAUUGGGUGGUUUCUUUUAUUUUUUAUUUUAUUUUUUCCAUGUUUCUUUUAUUUCUCUUUGUGUUUAUCCUUGGUUUAUGUUUUCUUCUUAGUCUCUGCUUUCGUUCCGGCCGCAUGGUGAAUAACUUUUAUUUAAAGGUAUGUGUUUGGAAGUAAAACUGAAAAAUAAAAAAAAUGAAAUAAAAAAUAUA